AUGAGAGCUUAUCUGUUGUUGGUUGCCUUGUUGGCUUGUUUGAUGAUUGGUGUUGUUUGUGGAGCUGAGGAAAAGGCUUCACUCACUGUUGCCCCUGCUGCUUUUUCUGAAGAAGAAAUGGCCCGUCAACUUAUUGGUAAAUUGAGAGGAAAUGUUAGAGGUGCCGGAGCUACUUGUAGAUUUGUUAAUACUGAUUUGCUUACCAAGACUUUUAUUUGUGAUGUUUCAUAUGAGAAGAAAUUGGUUCUCAAGAAGAUCAAAGUUUCUGGAACUGUUACUAUGGUCGCUUAUUUGACUAGACAAAAGGUUCAACUUAAGGUUGAAACUGGAGGUAAAACUCUCUUUGAUAAGGAGUUUGAUAUGGGACUUGUUAAUCUUGAUCCAAUUUGUUUGGAUUUCUUGUUAGAUAUUGGUUUCUGUGUUCAAGUUAGAAACAUUAGAUUUGAUAUUAAGGGUGAAGGAUGUGCUGCCUUUGAUAUUGAAGGAUAUUUCAAUGCCUUUGGUUUUAGAGAAACUGUCCUCAAACAACCUUUGGGUUACAAUGUUAAUAAGUGUUAA